GCGUUCAACAACUGCAUCGCCGCCUUGCAACCGUGUUGGUUGCCUCUUGCUCGCCAUUCGUGCCCCAUGCCUCCUGGUCUCGAGGUCUCUAAUCCAUCUACCUUAAACUUGCGGUUGAUCAUAUUCUUCUUCUCUCUCUUCGCUAGGGCCUUGGCUGGUUUGGAGACGACCACGAGCGACAAACACACGCGUCGGAUGUCUUCGAUCCGAGAAUUCCAUGUCCGAGUGGUCUUGAUGUGCAUACACCCAGCCGUCCUCCAGCUCACCGGUCAGAGUAGAGGCAGUCAUGGCAGUGCUUCCGAGGGAGACGAUUGGUGGGCUGCCCGCGCGGACCAAGAAUUCUCUGCAGCUCGAUUAAUUCUCUCUUUCUUUCUUUCCUUCUCUAAUUUUGCUCCGUCUUUGCCGGCCUCUAGGCCAUUAGGGUCGCCGGUGGAGAUUCAAAUUCGCUGCGGCCUGCUGCCUUGCAAGCCUCGUCGACAGCACGGAUGUACUGCUGCUCCUCCGCCCCCGGCCUUCGCGCCCUCGUCGACACGUACGAAGUGAUCACGCCCCGUCUCGUCAAGGCUGCCGCCGCCAGAAACACUUAGUGUCGCUCACCGACUUCUGUCAGGCAUAAAGCAUGCCUAACCAGGCUGGAUACUGGCAG